UAUAUGUAGUUCAAAACUCUCCCUCUCUCUCUCUCUCUCUCUCUCUCUCUACCGUGUGCCGCUCCGAUGAUCCGAUCCCUAUCGUGUGCCGCAUUGCGGGGUUGGGCCAUCGAUCCAUCGAUCGAGCUUCGGGAGCCAUGGCAAAGCUCGGGCUCUCGAUCGGCGACGAAGCCCUAGAUGAGUUCCUUUGAAAGGGUAGGAAUCGUUCAAUCUUGUACCGAUAUUUUGAUUUGAUCGAGUGAAUCAUGGAGGCGAGCGCGGCUUUGAGCCUGAAAUCGAGCUCGUGGAUCGGCUCGGAGAAGGGAGGGAGGAGAUCGGAGGGUUUCUCGAGGUUCCAGAGUGGGAUUUGGGAAAAGAAACGAGUUCAAUCGCUUGGAUUGAUAGAUUCACGGUGUCAUCGAGUUUCGAUUCGAUCCGGAAAGCUCGAGCCGAAGAUUUCUUGCUGUUACAAGAAAUCGGGAGGUACUGAGAGCAUCCACAACUCCGUUGAUGAAGCCCUCGUACUAAAGAGAAAGUCAGAAGAUGUGCUGCCCUACUUGAAUGGACGAUGUAUUUAUCUUGUUGGAAUGAUGGGCUCUGGAAAGACUACAGUGGGAAAGAUAUUGUCCGAAGUUUUAGGUUAUUCUUUCUUUGACAGUGACAAAUUGGUUGAGCAGGCUGUGGGCAUAUCUUCUGUUGCUCAGAUUUUUAAGUUGCAUAGCGAAGCAUUCUUCAGAGAUAAUGAGAGUGAAGUGCUAAGGGACUUGUCUUCGAUGCGCCGAUUAGUUGUUGCAACUGGAGGUGGUGCUGUGAUUCGUCCAAUCAAUUGGAAGUAUAUGAAACAGGGGUUAACAGUUUGGUUGGAUGUUCCUUUGGAAGCUCUGGCACGCCGAAUUGCUGCAGUGGGAACUGCUUCUCGCCCUCUUUUGCAUCAAGAUUCUGGUGAUCCUUACAUGAAGGCUUUUGCUAGGCUCUCUGCACUUUCUGAGCAAAGGGGCGACGCCUAUGCCAAUGCUGAUGCAAGAGUCUCCCUUGAACAUAUUGCAACAAAGCAGGGCCACGAAGAUGUUUCUGCUCUCACACCAACUGCUAUUGCUAUAGAGGCGUUUGUGAAGAUUGAAAGCUUUCUUACAGAUAAGGCCGCGGUUAGAAAUAGUUCAUUACCUUCAGGGAUGAGUGCCUAAAUGGGAUCCCUGGUUAUCGUAUUGUAUCAUGUACCCCACCCCCUUUUAAAAUUAAUUUUGAAAUAUCUAUUCAAUUUUUGCGAUGGCAGCCUGCUGAGUCCAUCUUUUGUAAAUGAGAAUAAAUAGAUGUGAAAGCUCUCCAAUUCCGAGAGCUGCUCCAAA